AUGAGAAGGGAGGGCAUGAGACGGGAGGGCAUGAGGCGGGAGGCUGAUACCUACAGCCAAGAUGACAACAACCAUGCGAAAGAGCAGGAAGGGUGGAAGAAAGAUCCUGCAGUGAGAAUUCAGUCAGAAUUACAAGAACUAAAACAUCUUAUUCUAGGCCUACAAGCCCAAGUGGCUUGUCUUCAAAAAAGUAUUGAAAAUAAAGCAAAAGUUCCUGAGCCCUGCUUGGAUGCUACAGUGACCUGUCCUGAAACGGAUCAUGAGCCUAGAUCAAGAACAGAAGUGAGCAGUGAUGACUCGCCAAGGGACAUUCCAAAGGUGAAGAUUGGCCCUAAUACAUUUAUCAGUCCCUGCCAAUACUCAUUCAUUAAAUGGGGGGAUUCGAAAAAGGCCACCAAAGAACUGUGCAUGGCGGUCUUUGGGAGGCAGGUGCUUGCAAGUCACAGUGUGACUGGCAGAAGGUCCAAUUCCUUCAAAGAAAGAAAAAAGCCCCAACUUGACCCUGCAAAAAUAACUGACAUACUUGAAUUCAUGAGUGCCAAAUCUGGAAUCUCCAAAGCAGAAGUUAGAAAACUUAUUGCUCAAAAAUGCACAGAUGAGGAAAAGUUAUCAAGGAGGAGAAAAACAUCAGCAUGAGAUGAAGGAGGAGAAGGACAAGCUAUUAAGGGG